AUAAACCUCGCUGAAUGCACGCUCUAUAAAAUUCACACCUCUCUAGAUUCACGAUAUGAUUCAAUCUCACGCUUACCUCCAAUGCAUACUCAUGCUGAUCUCAAAGUGUUUACUAUAUCUUGA